GUCUUUUAUUGUUCAUUCAUUUGCCAGACAAUGAAAUAUAUCCGCGCAAAGUAUUCGCAAUUGAUUGAGAAACGGUGUGAUGACGUCACUGGUCAACACACGCACAUGUGGAGUGAAGGAAAAAUGGCGUCGUGUGCGCCAGUUGUGUAAAGUUAUUUAUCUGGCGAAACUUCGUGUUCCCACACAGUAUGUGAACGUCUUUCACUGUAAUUUGAAUUCGUUUUAGAUUAGUGAAAGUUCUUAGUUUGUUUUGGUUGAAGCCAUGUCCGUGGUACGGGGUAGGAAGUCGCCGAAGGCGGAGUCCCUUCAAGCCAUGGACGAGUAUCUGUCCUCCCUCGGCUUGGUUAGGAAACCUAUCGCCAAGGACGGGUCUUGCCUUUUUCGUGCCGUAGCCGAGCAAGUGUUCCAUUGCCAAGCGCGCCAUCUUGAAGUGCGGGAGAGAUGCAUACGGUACAUGGACAGACAUAGGGACAUUUUUGAAGCGUUUGUUCCUGGCCCUUUUGACCACCACCUCUGGACUCUACAAAACCCCAAGGAAUGGGCAGGCCAAGUGGAGAUCAGUGCUUUGUCGUUGAUGUACAAGUGUGACUUCAUCAUCUACCAGGACGUGGGCAGACCUCCAGCCAGAGUGACAGAGAAUGGCUUCAAAGAUAAGGUUGUGCUAUGCUUCUCCCACGGCAAUCACUACGACAGUGUGUAUCCCAAACAGUUUCAGAUAGAUGCUGCUAUGUGCCAAUCUAUUGUGUAUGAGCUUCUGUAUAAGGAUGUAUUUAAGAUGGACCAUGACAUCGCUGUGGUGAAAGAUAUGCUGGGUAACAAACAACAGAAGAUCAGGAAGGACAGCACCAGCGAAUGCGAGUCCUCGCCCUCCAAAAACUGCGGAAGUGACAAACCUGACAGUGAACUUGAAGGCUCGACUGAGCUGGACGUGUCGACAGAGUCUGACAAGAGCAGAGACAACAUGGACAGGCCGAAUGAGAAGGCUACACAAGCAAACGGUGCUGUAGAUUAUAGUAAGAAGGACGGACGAAGGUUCCCCCUCCCCUUCAAGGUGGCCAAAGCCCUGGAUCCGGAAUUCUACCGUAAUGUGGAAUAUGACGUGUGGAUGGACUCCAAGAAAGAACAACAGCGUCAGGACAUGCACCUGGCCACCAUGAUGCAGUAUGCACCCGGAGACAAGUGUCAGGUCCGACUUGAAGGGAACGUGAAGUACUACAUGGCACAUGUGCAGGAGGUGCAGGCGGAGAGCGGGCCUGUUACUGUCUUCAUAGAGGAACUUGGAGAGAAGCAUACUGUCCCAGUGAAAAAUCUAAAGCCCAUUACUCAGGUGCCUCCUGUACCAACUGUGCCCAUGCCUUGGACUGCUGUGCCAGCCAAGGGGUACAAGAACCUGACUGGGUAUUAUCAGAAGGGUGCCAUAGUGCCACAGGAGAUAGCAGCUUGUUUCUCUCCCCCCUGGCACCCAUUUGCAGAAGACCCUCGCAACAAGAGGAAGAACAGGAGGAAGGGCAGGGAAAAUGGCAUCCCGCCAUUCAUGGUGCAGCGUGUUCAGCCAUCGCUGCCUCCACGGCUCCAGCACGAAGGGCAGUACAGUCCCAAGUACCACCACCACGGGCGUGAGUACCAGGGUCGGGACUACCAGGGCAGGGACUACCAGUCCAGGGAGUACCAGGGGAGGGAGUACCAAGGGAGGGACAGGGACUACCAGCCAAGGGACAGGGACAGGGAGUUCCAGAGACCUCCGCAUGGACAGAGAUACAAUGGACAGGCCAGGAACCAGCCUCCUCGGUUCAUGCGGCAGGACCAGAUGGAAGGGAGGGGACCCGGCCCUCGCCCUGGCAGCAGGUACCAGUACAGUCACGGGCGGGGUCGGGGCCGCGGCAGGAACACCCCCACCCCUCCCCCGGGGCCCCCCCAGGGGGGUGAGAUGGAUGAGAAGCAGGCCAUCGAGGAGUCCAUCGUCCUGUACGAACUCCAACAGAGAGACCCGGAUGCCUUCCCUGCACUGCCGACGUCUAACGGACAAGUGCAACACGUGCAGAGCAACACGGUGUGGGGGAGGGGGCGAGGGCGGGGCAUGGGGCGCCGCACCCCCACCCCUCCCCCUCCCUCCACCACCCCCAGCGACGGGGGCCACAGCAUGACCAUGGAGGAGGGCUCGCUCUGCAGCAGCAUGCAGGAGCUCAACAUGAACGAGAGGGCCAGUCCUGAUGGCGAGCGUAUUUGCUCCCCGGUGUCGCACCAGAUGGAAGUGCCUCCCAUGAAGCGAGUCAUGACCCCCACCAAGGAGUUCGUGCCCCGGUCCUCCCGAACUCCGUCUCCUUACCAGAACCCGACCCCUCCCCUCCAGAGUCAACGUGCCAACGCAGAAAUCAGCUCUUCCAACAGCGGCAGUAACCAGCAGAUGUCCACAGACAGCACCUCCUCCCCCGCUUCCACCCCCAACACCCCACCACCCCAGACCGUCGCGCCCAACGGGUACGUGCCGUACAUGCAGCCCAUGCACGUUCCCUUCUACCCCAUCAUGAUCCAAGCCACCGACAACCUGACGGGGCCAGUCAACCUCAACUUUGGUCCCUCCAGGGACCCCUAUGGGAACGACUUGCCACAUUCAGAUGUCUCUACGCUUAGAUUCUUCUACAACUUGGGCACUGAGUACUAUCGCUGCUGCAUGAACAUGAUGGCCAUCCAGCACCAGCAACAGGAGGCAGCCAUGGCCAACGCUUACUUUUACAACCAACAGGCACAGGGACAGGUGCAGCAGCAGUACCAGCCUGCCAGCAGUACUGACGGCCAGACCAGCGGCAGCCAGCAGGGCCAGGAGGGGGAAGACCUGCAGCAGGAGGGGUCGGACCAACUCCCACCGCCCAACGGUCAGUCCCAGGACAAGCCCCUCCCCCAGGGCGCUCAUGUCUACAGCUCCUACACCCAUCCCAGCAAUCAGCAAGCUGGCGAUUACCACAAUAGCAGCGCUGGGUGUGAUUACCCACCGAGUAAACCUAUAGCUAAGUCGUGCAGUGAUGAUACUAGUAAUUCUAAUGAUUCUGUAGUAGGUAAGGAUGUGUCCGUGUCCAGGAGUAACUCCAUGACAAGUGUACAGUCGAGCGGUGACAGUGCUAGUAUGAAUGUACAGUAUGGCAGUGACAGUAACGUUUGUGGUAGUAGUGUUUCCUCCUACGUGCACCCUUCUCCCAACACCCUCCAACAGACGUCUUCUAGCACUACAGUUGGUAGCGAGGACUCCUCCCCGGAUUACACUGAUUCCGGUGUUGCGUCCGAGGGUAGUGGGUCACAGUCCUCCAUACCCCGUCCCACCAGCCUGGGCCCCGGGCUGCCCAAGAGGCAUUACAUGGAGCACCGCGGGUCCCCGAAACUGAUCCCGGGGAGGUGGAGCACUCCCGAACGCUCGGGCAGUAGCGACAGCCUGAACCAGGAGGCGGUCCACACGGGUAGGCCGCCGUACGGGCCGAAGCGUGGCGGCCCACGCGACCGGCAGCCCGGUUUCUACCGUCCCUCUGGUUACUUCUCCGCGCGCCCGUACAUGUCGCAGCAGCCCCCGCGCCGAAGUCAGUACGAAGGCCCGCCCCUGUACCACUCCCACCAGCUGUACAACCCUGCAGCAGUCCGCUACUCCAACGUUAACCCCCCGCCGCACAUGUCCCAGCCUCAGCAGUACUACAUGAACCAGUACGCCAAUCCCUCCCGCAUGGCUCUGCAUGGCAGCAUGGGCGGCCAGGCCGCCAGCAUGUACGGCCGGGCAGCAGGCAUGUAUUCGCACCCCUCCCAGCAGUUUAAUAACGUACCCCCCGGUGUUUCCUCCGUCACCUACCCCCCCAUGUCCCCCAGCUUGCAUGUACCCGGUGCCGCCGCCGCCUUGCAUGCGCCUAACAUUGCUUCCUCCCCUUCCGCCACAGGUCAGUAUUACCCCGCCCAGGCCCCCGGGCCGGUGGACCCCAACCCGCCCGGCUCCCAGGGUCCCGCUCCCAUCCCCGUGCCCUCCUCCAAUGCUGCCUACUACACCGCCCACCCAGGAGGCGACAUGCCCUCCCAGCAGCACUAUGCAUCGACGUACGACAACCAGCCCAGCUACCAGUACCCAGCUACAGUAGGCUCGUGGCAGCCUGCGCACGGCGGCGUUCCCUUAUACGGCAGCCCCAACAAGGUCACGGUCGCUUAUGCUACCAACUCUCCACCGGUAGGGUAUCAGGGAUACGGUGGGGGCCCUCAGAUGUAGGGGGUUGUAGGAGGAGAACAAACCUAACCGUUAGCAUGCCUUUCUUCAGGUCUCUGUUCCAACACGAUGUUGUUGAAAAGAAGGUACCAGUUGUAAUAAUAGUGUUUCAGUGUUAUUUAUAUGAUAGCUUGUGGUUCCCUGUACAUGUAUGUUGUGUGUAUAAAGGUUCGGAAAGCACAUUCCAUCCUCCCAGUUGCAACAAAACCAGGCAUUGUGUUUGUGGGUGUUGCUUCGAAGCUGUGAUGAACAGUUGGACACCUUAUUACGACAUUUUAUAUAACUUGAAGUUCUUGUUAAGCUGUAGGUGUGCCUGACCCUCCGUGAGAAUUCUUGGCAGAGGUUGGUUGAUGGUUAUUGACACAAUUAGAUGUUAUUAAAACUUUAUGGAUAAAUUUCCAACUGUUUUUUAUAAACAGCAGCUAUCUGCCAUUCUGUCUAAAUGUUGAUUAAACUCUAGGACAUACCGUUGCUUAUUUGGUGGUUAUUAUGUACACAAUUAGAUAUUAAAACUUUAUGCAUAAGUUUCCAACUGUUUUUAUAUUGAAACAGGAGCUAUCAGCCAUUCUGUCUAAAUGUUGAUUAAACUCUAGGACAUAUUGUAUGUUGCUUAUUUGAGACAUCCUUCACAAGCAAUAUAGAACUCCUCCUGUUACAAAACCCAGGCUGUGUUGCAUGCAGUACCCUCGGUAUGUCUUCUCAUUAUAGCUAAGCGAUGCAGCAUGUGCAGGAAAAUAGCUGUAUGUAAUACUUUGGAAAGUUUCCGAAAUUUCAUUGUUCUGAUGUCUACAGGCCAGGUUGGCUGGCAUAUGGCAGUCGAAGCUUUACUGUAUCAGUAAUAAAGUGUUGAAGCAAUAUUCAGGGUUGGAGUAAACACACAAACUCCCUACCCUGCCCAUUCAACCAACCUCGAACAGGCAUUCUUGUGGAGGGUCAUUCCUAGCCUGAACACAGUAAGAUUAAAACUGUUGUGUUGUCCAGUUAUGAGAGGCUUGGCCUCUCUAUAGACAGUGUUGUAGAUGUUAGAGAAGUUGGAGCAAUGCAAUCAUGGCCGGUGUGUGAUCAUGUAGCUGUUGCAUUGUAGGUACACUAUCCUCAUUGGUCAGGGUCCCCAAAAUGCUGUUUGCUGGCAAAUCAAAACUAGUAACUGGCACUUCUUGAACAGUCUCUGAGCCAAUUAGAGCUCUUGUUACUCGUAUGACUUUUGGCCAAGAUUCUACUGUGAGAUAAGCACUGAUUGGUCGGAAGCUACACCAUACCAAGCCUUGUUGUUACUCUGAGCCAAUCAGAGCUCUUGUUACUCGUAUGACUUUCAGCCAGGAUCUCACAGAUUCUAUUGUGAGAUAAGCACUGAUUGGUUGGAAGCAUAAGGCCAUACCAGAUAUGGAUUGCAAGGUCUAGGAGUUUUACGGAGGGAAAAUUGUAAAAAGUGACAGUUGCAGGUUGAUUUGCCAGGUUUACUACAAACAGCUGCUUGGGUGUCUGACUAGUGAGGAUAAGCACAUGUUAGCACCUCCAUACUGUGUACAAAUGUGUAGAAAUAUUUAACAUGUUAAGUUGGUUCUCGUCAUCAUAUUGUAUUAUUGAAGCCUUAAAUGCAAUAAACUUUAGUUAGUGAUUAUUCUUAUAGGUAUGCUGUAGUAUUUUCCUUCCAACUUCUCCAGAAUGUAUUAUGUCUUUUGUGAUUUAAAGAAGGAAAACCUCACUUAAGUUGUGUUAGUUAAACUUUUCAGCUGUUGAUAAACUGUUUUAAAAAACGCUGUUAGUUUAAACACUGAAAGUUUAUAUGUAUAUGUUGUAUGGCUAAGGAGGACAUUUUGCUAGUUCUCCUCAAUAAGAAUGAACAUAGAGCACAAGAGCAAUGUGGAAAACACGAGUGAAACAUGUCAUGUUGAUGAAGCUUACAGAGAGUGGACUAGAGUUGUGGCGUGUUGUUGCAGAAAGUGUAUACUGUUUUUUUUUCUAUCUUAAAUAUGAGGUAGUAUUUUUUUUAGUUGCUUAAUUCUCAUCAUGAACAAGCUUGAGUAAUUUUGGUCAUGCCUCCAGAGAGGAGCCAGCUUUAUUUGUUGUUUUGCCUCUUGUAAAGAAAAAAAAAUGCAUGCGAAAUGUUAAAUAGAGAAGAUAAAACGUAUCACUGGUAAGAGAUUCCAGAUGAGUUUGCCCCGAUGAGUGCCUUUGAUUUGUUAAUGACCAGAUGAUGAUCACACCUUAUUAAUUUUAGGCAGAAUCUGAGACCAUAAACAGAUGCUUUAUUGUUGUUCUGCUUUUUUUUGUUUUGCUUACCAGAUGGCUAAUUUGUCGGCACAAUAUUUAUUGCAGAAAAUGAGAAAUGAGAUUGCUGCAGGAGAUAUGAAAGCCUUAUUUAUAGGGUGCAAUAAGAAGAGAUUAUGUACAGAUGAGAGCGUUUUUUGUUAUAAGAAGAGAGAUGUAUAUGAGAGAGAACAUGAAAGACAAAGCAGUGAAGUCUUCUUUUUUUCUAAAACUUCAGUUUCAAGCCAUUUAUUAUUUCCCUGUUGUUGUAAUGUUGUUCUGGUGCGUCACUAUUGCAUGGAAUGGCAGCUGACAUCCUCAGCAAAAGAACUAUUUUCAAUACAAAAGUACAGUGCAAGUUGUUUUGGCUUCAAUAAACUUUUCCAUAGUACUUUGAGUGG